AUGGAGGCUCGACUCCAAGAUUCUGGUCUCUACCAAGGUGAAGAUACUGCCACUCCAGAACAGGACAACACCCGAAUUGAACUCGUGGACACUAACACCAAUGUAGCUCCCGAGGAUACAGUACAAAAUGAUAACACUCACGGAAUUAUGCCUUUGCCUCCAUUGGAACGGACUAUGGCCAACAGAAGGGCCCAAGUACAACCAGGAGCCUACCCAGGUGGAGGAAAUCAAGCAACAGAGGAAAAUUUGGAGCCAGCAGAGACGGAUAUCGAACCCACGACUACUGGACCACCUACCGGUAGGAUUGAACCAGAAAUUGAAAAUAGUGGUUUGGCUGUGGCAAACUUGAUUCAAGAUGAAACAACCCCUCAAGAUCUGCCCCAGGCUCAAGAUUACAAUCUGGAAAACGAGAACACAAACAGAGAAGAGAGAAUGAAGCAAUUCAAAACGAAGGUACUCUUGGGAGUCAUCGUCUUGUUGGCCAUCAUUCUCAUUUUGGUAGCCAUCCUGAUUCCUCGACGUCAAGAGAAUGGUGCAGAUAUUGUUCCAACACCCAUGCCUAGUGAGUUGCCCCGCAGCAACCCAUCUCAGGGUCCAUCGUCUUAUUCAGAAUACUGGCUGUCACUGUUCCCUGAAUCAACAGUGGCAGCAAUCCAGGAGAACCCAGAAUCACCACAGUCAAUGGCAUUUGAAUGGCUCGUGGAAGAGAUCGACAUCCUACACAACCUCACAGAACAGAGAGUUGUACAACGUUUUGUACUAGCAACAUUCUAUUUUGCCAACAGCGAACAACGAUGGUACUUUAGUGACAGUUGGCUAAACCACAGUGUUCAUGAGUGUCUUUGGUAUUCAGGUUUGGAGGAUUGGUAUUUCUUUUUUGAGGCAAACAUAUAUUUCCCACUGGAUCACAUUGGUCCCUGUGAGCAAGAUCCAGCUGGAUAUCUAGAGGAUGGCAUCUUGUAUCAGGGAGAUGGAAUCAUCAAGCACUUUUGGCUUUCCUUUAAUGGCAUGGUGGGAUCAGGGAUUCCACCAGAGUUCUAUAUGCUUACAGAACUUAGGAGCUUGGCAUUGGAUGGAUUCGACCUUACCGGCACAAUCCCCGAAGAGCUCUCUGGCCUUGCAAAUUUGGAGUAUGUUUCCAUGAACGAUUGUGGCCUUUAUGGGUCCAUUCCUGAGACAAUAGGACAAUUGGCCAAUCUUGAACAUUUCUACUUGGGCUUCAAUUCUUUGACUGGAACUAUUCCAUCAUCCCUGUAUGCCCUUACAAACUCGAUGAGAGGCAUUGUUCUUACUGAAAAUCUGAUUACAGGACCAGGCUUGUUCCUGAAUAACCUAAUUCUGAGUGGCUCUAUCCCAGAUGAGCUUGCAGUUCUUACAGACAUGGUACUUGUGGGGACAAUCCCUAGCUGGCUUGGGAACCUGAAAUCCCUGGAUUCAUUGCUUCUGGAGAGGAGCUCUUUUACUGGGACUAUCCCAACAGAACUUGGCCUUCUAACAAAGUUGGGGUCAUUGUGGCUUGGUGUGAAUAUUUUGUCGGGCACAAUCCUAAGUGAAUUUGGAUUGUGUGAGGAAGUGAUUUGGUUGAACAUGGAAAUCAAUGACCUCACUGGAACCAUUCCUACAGAGCUCGGACUGCUUACCCAUGGUUUAUUGCAGUUGUUUCUACAUGACAAUGAUUUGACUGGAACGGUGCCCCUGGAGCUUGGCAAUGUUCCUUUCCCUGCACCUUAUGGUCAAGUCUAUUUGCAUGGAAAUGAUCUGUCUGGCAUUAUCCCUGAGAGCUUGUGUUCUGCCAACGAUCUUACGUUUGACUGCAGCAGCCAGCUCUGUGGAUGUGACUGGUGUAACUGUUCAGACAAUAGAACAUCACUGAUCCUGGAGGAAGAGACUACCAAUGAAGAUGAUCAGUUACUGAGUGGGGCAAACCAAACUGAGGGGAACCAAACUGAAGCAUGA